CCGGGAUCUAAAGUCAGACGUUGCACUAGACGUUGAAUGUCUCGCACUUGGCUGCAUCGAAGGCAGCUGAAGACAGCAGCUGGAGUGACUCGAAUUUGUGGGAGACUAUUUUGUGCGCAUGGUGAUAGAUAUGAUUUGGUUGUUAUUGGAGGAGGAUCUGGAGGGCUUGCUUGUGCCAAAGAAGCUACAGGGCUUGGUGCUCAAGUGGCAGUGCUGGACUAUGUAGUUCCAUCAGUUCAAGGUUCAUCGUGGGGUCUGGGUGGUACUUGUGUCAAUGUUGGUUGCAUACCCAAGAAACUAAUGCAUCAUGCAGCUCUCUUGGGUGAAGGAAUAUGGGAUAGUAGGAGUUAUGGAUGGAAAGUGGAAGAGGAAAGACCAGAACUUGUUUGGUCACAGCUAUUGUCUGCUGUACAAGAUCAUAUCAAAUCACUAAAUUGGGGUCACAGAGUUCAACUAAAAGACAGGAAUGUGACGUAUUUGAAUGCCAAAGGCAAACUGCUUGAUCGUCACACAAUCUCUGCAUUAAACAUGAAAGGAGAAGUGACUGAAGUGAAGGCAUCAAACAUAGUGCUGGCAACCGGUACAAGACCCAAGAUACCAGACAUACCCGGUGCCGCUGAACAUUGCAUUACAAGCGACGAUUUGUUUAUGUUGAGGAAGCCACCUGGCAAAACGCUAGUAGUCGGAGCCAGCUAUGUUGCUUUAGAGUGUGCCGGCUUCCUCACAGGGUUAGGGUUUGAUACGUCUUUAUUGAUUCGGAGUAUUCCUCUCAGAGGGUUCGAUCAGGAUAUGGCUCGUUUGAUAGUAAGAAAUAUGGAGAGACACGGCACCAUAGUUCACCACAACAGUAUUCCAGUGAAAGUAGAACAACUCAACGAUGGGAGACUUGAUGUCGUUUGGCAACACACCAAUCAGAAUGAAGGCGGACAGGAGAGAGGCGUGUUUCAAGAUGUGUUUCACACUGUGCUUGUGGCCACAGGCAGAUGUCCUGAUUCUAAAGCAUUGGGUCUUGAUGCCGUAAGUGUUGAGACUGACGUGGAAUCUGGAAAGGUAAUCGUAGAUGAAAGAGAUGAAACGACGGUACCUCACAUCUUUUGUAUUGGAGACACAGCUGAUUACUGUUUGUUAAUGGUAUAUAUUGCCAGCGUGCGUUCUUAG